UGGACACAAUACCUUAGCAGAACACACGCUCAACCAAUGGCCACACGUGCAAACUCCGUGCACCUUUAAUCUCUCGGACAGUUUCUUGAAGUGUUGAGAUUGAGGGAGCUGAAAUUAAAGAAAAAGAAGAAGAUGGGAUUUGAGAGUAUGAAGAAAUUGAAGCCUUUGUUGCAUUUGUUGUUGCCACUAUGUAUACACUGGAUUGCUGAAGAGAUGACAGUUUCAGUGCUUGUUGAUGUUACAACUAGUGCUCUUUGUCCUGGCAAUUCCACUUGUUCUGAAGCCAUUUACAUCAACGGUGUUCAACAAACAGUUGUUGGAAUAUUCAAGAUGCUUGUCCUUCCUAUCCUAGGCCAGCUUUCAGAUGAGUAUGGGCGUAAACCGCUUCUUCUCCUCACCCUAUCUACAACAAUUAUUCCUUUUGGUUUACUCACCAUAAAUAAGUCAAAGGGAUUUGUCUAUGCUUAUUAUGUCCUGCGGACGGUUUCUUAUAUCAUAAGCCAAGGGAGCAUUUUCUGCAUCUCUGUUGCUUAUGCGGCUGAUGUUGUUGACGAGAGUAGUAGAGCUGCAGUUUUUAGUUGGAUUACGGGACUUUUUUCUGCAUCCCAUGUUAUGGGGAAUGUCCUAGCCCGUUUUCUUCCUGUGGGCUACAUUUUUCAGGUUUCAAUAGGCCUCUUGAUCUUUGUUCCUGUUUAUAUGAUACUGUUUCUAGAAGAGACUGUAAGUCCAAAAACAGAGGUGAACCAAAGUUCGACAGUAAAGAGCAAGGCAUUGAAGGUUGUUCAGGAACGAUAUAACUCGAUGAGAUAUGCUGCAAAUAUUGUCACUAGCAGUCCAACACUGAAGUGCAUUUCUCUCGUUUCUUUCUUCUAUGAGUUGGGAAUGUCCGGCAUCAGCAGCGUUUUACUGUACUAUCUGAAAUCAGCUUUUGGCUUCAAUAAGAAUCAGUUCUCAGAAAUCUUGAUGAUGGUGGGAGUAGGUUCUAUAGUCUCACAGAUUCUGGUGCUUCCUCUUAUCAAUCCUCUGUUUGGGGAGAAAGUGAUACUUUGCAUGGCUUUGCUUUCUUCAAUAGCCUAUGCAAUGCUUUAUGGAUUAGCAUGGGCACCUUGGGUGCCAUAUUUAAGUGCUUCUUUUGGGGUCAUCUACAUCCUUGUUAAACCCUCUACUUAUGCUGUUAUAUCCAAAUCGGCACUUUCAGCAGAUCAGGGCAAAGCACAGGGAUUUGUUGCUGGCGUUCAAUCAGUCGCGAGUUUGUUAUCUCCUAUUGUGAUGAGUCCAUUGACAUCGUGGUUUUUGUCUCGUGAUGCACCUUUUAACUGCAAAGGAUUUAGUAUACUUUGUGCUUCUUUAUGCAUGAUGGUUUCGCUUUAUUAUGCUUGCAUGCUUAAAGUAGAGGUUCCCUCAAAGAAGACCUUCGACGAAAAUGCAGAGAAUAUUGAAGCACCACUUUUGGCAUGAUACUUAAGGCAUAUGUAACCAUUAUACUAAAAUUGUCUAAGCUAUAGUCCCCAGAGGUUGCAUUUACAAUGCCAAUUAGUCCAGUCUUCCUACGAUAGAGCUGUAAAUCUUUUUGAAGCUAAGUCUAAUCUAGGUUAGAAGAGGUGUAUUAAUCUUGUAAUCUAAUUUGUUCUCUGUUUGGUUAUUCUUCAAUGUACUUCAUUUUUUUGUCUCAAUUAAAAUGUUGGUUUGUACUUUGUAUUCUGAACUUUACAUGGAAAUGGGAUAAUGGAUAUAUUGGUAAAUUCAA